UUCAACGAAGUCUAUGAAAAUGGACCCAACAGUGCUGAUCUAUAGUGUUAUCGGUUUCAUUGGGUGCUCGACAAAUGGAUUUGCGAUAUUUAUUCUAUUUCACUUAAACAGCCGGUUGAGUACAACGAACCUUCUGAUCACAAACCAGUGUAUCAUUGAUUUUGUCACAUCUUUGAUGUCGCUUUGCCUUUUUCUCGAUCCCAACAUAAUGACUCGACUUCCAGAUUCGAAUAGUGUGGCAGAAUUCGUCUGCAGGUUUUGGUCAAGCAAAUAUAUAUUCUGGGCAUGCACAUGCUCCUCAACGGCUAAUCUUGUGGUACUGACAGUUGAUCGUUAUUUUGCCGUAAUGCAUGCAAUAAAAUAUAAUGUAAUUAAAGAGAGGCUGUCGAUGAAAGUAUUGUUUUUGUUAAUUCCCUGGAUAUGUGGUUUUAUGUUCCUCCUCCUCUGGUUUGCGGCACACACUGUAAAAGAUGGAGAGUGCAUCCAGAGUUGGCCGAGUGUUGAUUAUCAGAAAGCGUUCGGUUUAUUGACUACUGUUUAUCUCCUAAUUAUUCCUAUCAGUGCAAUGCUAUUUGUUUACAUAAAUAUUUUUUACGCUCUUCGAUAUCGAGUCGGAGAUGUCUCAUCUACAAUAAAUGCAAACUGUGAGGCCAGGCGACUGAACAUCAUUAAGACUAUGGUAAUCGUCAGUGUAACAUACAUUGUCUGUUGGACCCCAAACCAAAUAGCAUUUGUUAACUUCACAUUAGGUGGAGAGCUUGAUUUUCACGGAGCAGUUUACUACAUCACAAUAGCCAUGUCUCUUGUUAACAUCUGUGUAAAUCCAAUAAUAUACACCUUCAAAUAUAAUGACUUCAGGGUGGGUGUGCGAAAGACUCUGCCGUGUCUUAAAUCAAUAUUCACACCACAAGAACCCACACCACCCAACUGACCACCAGGAACUCACAGUGGACGCUUUUUCUGUCAUUUUGUAGUGAAUUAACCGCACAUUUUAUUAUAAUUCAAUCAUGUAUUUAUAUCCAUCAUUAUUAAAAUCCCAAGAACGUAUAUCGACAGAAACUGUGUCUACAAAUUCGAUGUCAUAAAUGUCAGAUUGGCAAGCAAACGUAUUGGCUGCCUACACACCAUUGGCGGCGCCAGGAUUUUUACCGACUGUUUAAGGUUCAAAAGCUUAUUAAUCGAUUUUAGAGCCUAUUAUAUAAAAAAUACGUAUAAUUUGUUUUCUCCCCUACGAAUUCUGGUUAUUCUCCUCGACGGAGAGGGUGAGGCAAGGCCUCCUCAACGGGGAAGGGAGGGGGGUAGAUCAUAUAGUGACCAGUAAGACGCCCUGACCACGACUCUACCGAUAGUUCGGAGUAUAGCAGGAGGGUCAAAGAGUAUAGCAGGCCAGGGGGGGGGGGCGCCUGUGGCCCCCCAGUGGGGUCCAGGGGGUUUCGUCCCCUAGAAGGCACGGAUACUUGACGAAUUAUGGCGAAUUUUUAUUACUUGGGCCUAUUUGAUAGGCAUCGAGCUACUACUGUAAUAUAUGACUUCAUGUAGGCUAUGUUUUCUAAUGCGGAAAUCAGCAAGACCAAAACA